AUCUGGCAGAAAAAAGUAGCAGCACCUGAAGUCCAGGCUUUGAAGACAGAUCCAUCAUGUGCCAGCAUACAUAACUGGAUGACGGAACUACAUUUAGAGACACAGCUGCAUAGAAAGAUUCACUCGGACUCUGUCACGGCCCUCCAUGUGCUGCCUGAGUUGCUGGUGACAGCUUCGAAGGACAGAGAUGUUAAACUGUGGGAGAGAACCAGUAUGCAACUGGUGGGCCUGUUCCGAUGUGAAGGGGCAGUGAGCUGCCUGGAACCCUCUCUGGGACCUGACUCGACCCUGCGGCUCGCUGUGGGAGACACACAGGGCAAUGUAUACUUUCUGUCCUGGGAAUGAGAAUGCACAACUCAGGGGCGAGGUGCUGC